AUGCCACCUCCUCUCCAGCCCGACCCUACUCUUGAUGGUUCUCCAGGCCCAGGUGGUAUCGGCGGUAUGACAUCGCCCACGAGUGCUCGCCUGGGGGACGACCCUAACCCGGGCAUACGACCAGAUCGUCCCUGUGACACCUGUCGACGUCGCAAGAGCCGCUGCGUCAUCAACCCAGACGCUACUGCUUGUGUGAUGUGUCAAUUCCAUAAACAGGCCUGUACCUUUGUUGAGGAUACAGUUCCGAGGCGACGAAAACAGACAAACCCUGUCGCUCUCUCCGAUUCCACUACCGCGUCGGCAGCUUCCCUAGCUCGGCAGAGACGAUCAGGCUCCGAUGGCAAUGCCCACGCCCCACGACGGCAAUCUGCUGAAUCCAUUCGUACUGGGCCCGUCAUCGACGAUUAUGCCAACUUGCAGGGGGAGUCUUUGUUGAAAAAAACCUUGGGUCUACAAAACCACCGAUAUGCAAAGUAUAUUGGUCCUACCGACGAGCAUGACUUUACUCUCUUAGAUCUUCGACUCUAUGAUAAUGUCAAAGGCGAAAGUCCUGCCGAUCAAGGUUCCUUUCGCAAAGUCGGUCCGAAUGAAUUCUUCCACCAGUAUGCCGACUCAGAUUCUCCCAACCAUGCCCGAGAGAUCGAAGAGCUUGACAACAUUGAACGCAUCGUGGCCCCUCAUGGUGAAGCUCUGAUCCGACUCUACUUCAGGAUCGUCCAUCCGAGCUUUCCAAUCUUACAUAAGAAGGUCUAUCUGGAGAAAUAUGGCCGGACUCAUCGAGAAUUUUCCCCGCCUUUGCUGGCGGCCGUGUAUAUUUUGGCAUUGAACUGGUGGUCUUACAGUUCUGAGCUCGCAAAGUCGGCUAAGCCGGACGUUGCCCAACUCGAAGAUGUGGCUUAUCGUACAUUGCAAGAUGUGUCGCAACGGGCUAAAUUAUCCACUGUUCAAGCCGGGCUUCUUUUGCUCCAAAGACCGGGUAGCAACCAAGCGUGGCAGUUGACCAGCCAACUGGUUGCCAUCGGUCAAGACCUCGGACUCCAUCUCGAUUGCUCAAAUUGGCGAAUCCCUGCUUGGGAGCGAGGUUUGCGCAAACGACUAGCUUGGGCUCUCUUCAUGCAAGAUACUUGGUCUGCCCUGAUUUACGGACGUCCUCCACACAUCUCUUCGACCAAUUGGGCCGUCCACCCGGUGAUCAGCAGUGACUUUCCCGAGAGUGCUGCAGAUGAGGAUGAGGAAGACGGGAGCGCCGAAGUGGAAAAGGGCCGUACACUGUUCAGUGCCAUGAUAACACUGACCAAAAUGCUCGCAGAAGUUUUGGAUGCCCUUUACUCUCUCAAAGCUGAAAUGGAAGUUAAGAAUUCCUAUGACAGCACCAAAGCCAUCCUCGAAAAAGCCAAACCGAUACAACUGAAACUUCGAUCAUGGUACGCUGACAUGCCUGAAGCACUUCGAAUGGACGCCACAAGAGUGGGAAAACUGAGUUCGGUGGGGUAUUUACAUCUCGCCUACUUCGCCACGGAGAUCACUCUACAUCGGCGAGUAAUUCGAUCUCUCUCGCACAACACGGAUCCUUAUAUGAUUCAAAUUUGCCGGUCAGCGGCCAAAGCGAGACUUAUUAGCGCGAUGGACUUUUUCAACCGACUCAAGCCCGAACAUCUGCAAUCCUUCUGGUAUUUUGCGUCCAAGUUCAAUUUUGCUCUCAUUGGCACAUUUGCCGGCCUCUGCUUCGUCACUUCGGUGAGCCAGGAAGAAGCUGAAUUCUACCAGAGACGACUUCAAGAAUAUCGAUGGACGUUGAGAGUGUCGAAUAAGAGCGCGGAAUUUUUGGAAAUUGCCAGUGGAAUCCUCGAGUCUGCAGUGGGAGCAUUAUUGAAAGCGACGGAUUCGAUUGAUAGUCGGCGACUAUCAUUUCCGAUGCUUCAGCAGCAAAACGAGACCGAACAAGACACCUCGAUGGACGCCUUCUUCCCUACCGCCGAUGACGCUUUCUACGAUACUGCCAUGGAGACUUGA